GAUAAAAUUUCCCUGCACUCAAAGCCACUCUUAAAGCCUUGUUUGGCUACCGGCAUAAAUCCCAUUCUUUCCGUUCCUCCCCCCUUUGCACUGCACUCUACUAAUUUACAGAAGUGGAGUGAAAUGGGCGAAGAAAAGGAAAUGGAAAACGAGGCCAAUCCGAUCCUUGACAUCAAUGGGGUUCCCAUUCAUGGCGGAAAAUACACUCAGUAUAACGUGCUUGGAAACCUCUUCGAAGUCCCCUCCAAGUAUGUCCCUCCUAUUCAACCCGUUGGCCGUGGAGCUUACGGCAUGGUCUGUUGUGCUACAAAUUCUGAAACAAAGGAAGAGGUUGCAAUCAAGAAAAUUGGAAAAGCAUUUGAUAAUAGAAUUGAUGCCAAAAGGACUCUCCGAGAGAUCAAACUUCUUUGCCACAUGGAUCAUGAGAAUGUAAUCAAAAUUAAAGAUAUAAUACGGCCACCAGAUAGAGAGAAGUUUGAUGAUGUUUAUAUUGUCUAUGAGCUAAUGGAUACUGAUUUGCACCAGAUAAUACGCUCUCCCCAGCCACUCACCGAAGAUCAUUGUCAAUAUUUUCUGUAUCAGUUAUUGAGGGGGCUUAAGUACAUUCACUCUGCCAAUGUUCUGCACCGGGACCUCAAACCCAGCAACUUGCUGCUCGAUGCAAACUGUGAUCUUAAAAUAUGUGAUUUUGGGCUUGCGAGAACCACAUCAGAGGCAGAUUUUAUGACAGAGUAUGUUGUAACAAGGUGGUAUAGGGCGCCUGAGUUGUUACUCAACUGCUCCGAGUACACUGCAGCAAUUGAUAUAUGGUCGGUGGGGUGCAUUUUGAUGGAAAUUAUUAAAAGAGAACCUCUCUUUCCUGGCAGAGACUAUGUUCAACAAUUGUCCCUUAUUACUGAGCUAUUAGGUACCCCAGAAGACUCAGAUCUCGGGUUCCUUAGGAGUGACAAUGCUCGGAAAUAUGUAAAACAGCUUCCUCAUGUUCCAAAACAAUCAUUUUCUCAGAUGUUCCCGGAUAUGCCCCCCUUAGCCAUUGAUCUUGCAGAGCAAAUGUUGGUGUUUGAUCCUGCAAAACGUAUAACUGUUGAGGAUGCCAUGAAUCACCCAUUUUUAUCAAGUCUUCACGAAAUCAACGAAGAGCCCACUUGCCCUUCUCCCUUUGUCUUUGACUUCGAACAAGCAACUCUAGACGAAGAAGACAUAAAGGAGCUCAUAUGGAGGGAGGCCCUAAGGUUCAAUCCAAUCGACGAAGAGUUGAGAACUUGAGAUCUCAUCCUUUUUUAGGCUUUGUUUUGUUUCGUCACUGCUGGUAUUGAUUUUAGCUUCGGAAAGGCGAGCUGAUUUGUAAUAUGUUGUUGUGUUGAGAUGUUUCAUAUGAUUUGCGUUGGGGUGGGGGUGGGGUGGGAUGUAUUGUGAGUUGUAUGCAAGGGUGUGUAACUGAGGAGUUGAUGGAUUCAUGUUUUGUAGCCAAGAAUCAUAUUAUGGUUUUUAAAGAAAGGUUGUGGAGAUUG